AUGAGUGACUCCAAGGCUGCUGCAAAAAUACUGCGUCUGUCCCAUAAUGAAUGGAGCAACAAGUAUUUCGCAAUCGCUAUCGGUGCGAUUAUGGUUCUUUUUGCUGUAUUCCACUGGUCAAGUGUGAUUUAUUUUCGUUAUGGCCCCAAAAAGAGGCAUCCUACUUUGACUCGCAAGUAUAGAGAAACUCGACGCUUUCUUUCCAGUUCACCGCUAGGACUGAGGGCAGAUCGGUCUAUUCUAUAUACCAUCUACUGGGCUAUCAAUCUGAUCCUAGUUUUAACCAAUGUUGACUUUACAGAGCUCAUUAAUGUUGCCAAACGAUUCGGCUGGAUUUCCGUCGCAAACUUGGUGCUUUUGGUCUUCUUAGCCUUGAAAAACACACCGCUCGCACCAUUGACGGCCAGAUCAUACGAGAAGCUUCGCCCGCUUCACAAAGUCGCCGGCUACACCUGCAUUUUCACAAGCUGCUUGCAUGGUAUAGUGUACCUAAGUGCCUGGUCGGAAACAGGGAACCUCGAAUCAAUGAAGGAGACCGAAAACUUCUGCGGUCCGAUUGCUGGCAUGGCCAUGAUGAUCAUCGGUCUUUCCACCAUUGCCUACUUCAUGCGAGCCUUCUACGAGCUCUUCUACCUGCUACACAUUGUCAUGUUCAUCUUAAUCAUGAUUACAGUAGGGAUGCACCGUCCGAAGUUCUCGUCGUCAACCCUGGUUAUCGUGAUUUUUACUGCCUGCCUUUGGACUCUGGAUCGCUUUAUUCGAAGUGCAAAGCUAGCUUGGAAUUUCUUCGGAAACUUUGCCACUGUCACGGCGCUGCCCGACAACGCCCUUCGGGUGAAACUCAACCGCCGCAUGCAUUCCAGUCCUGGAUCUCAUGCCUUCUUGUGGGUACCUGCCAUCCGCUGGGUUGAAAGCCAUCCGUUCACUCUAUUGUCUUCGAGCCCGACUGAGUUCGUCAUUCGAGUGUAUGAUGGUUUUACAAAUGACUUGUACAAGGCUGUGCAAGAGGCGCCAGGGAGAUGCUUGCGUUGUUCUGUUGACGGACCAUAUGGCCAGAUCCCUAAUUUCAAGGUGUUUGACCAAGCUGUACUUGUCGCCGGCGGCAGCGGUGCCAGUUUUACUCUUGCAAUUGCACUGGACCUGAUCGAAGCAUCAGGAAAAUCGGUCAAGACCAUUGAUUUCAUCUGGAUAGUGAGAGGAAGUGAGUCCCUUCAAUGGUUCACCCAAGAGCUCAAACAGCUUGAGAGCCAUCCGAAUGUGAAUGUACUCAUUCACGUCACUCGCGCCACUGACCUCUCUGGCACAUCCUUGUCCACCACUCCAGAGUCGCAUUCAGAAAAGGCUUCUCUGAAAGACGACGUGAUUUCAAUAGAGCCUGCUCCACUGGGCUCUCAAAUAAAUGAUCUCGAGAAGGGUGCGUUAGAAAUGGCCACGGGCUCACCUUUAUCUAUAAAUGAGAUCCGACCUGGACGCCCUGAUAUUGGCAAGCUUAUCGCUGCUGCUGUCGCUUCAAGCAACAGCAUAAACGACCGCAUCAUUGUCGGUGCUUGCGGUCCUAGUGAAUUGAUGAGUACGAUACGCAAGGCUGUUUUCAGUGACGUGUAUAAUGAUGGACCUUCACUAACGCUCUACACUGAGGAGUUCGAAUGGUGA